AUGCGGUCAACUCCAGAGCCUGACGAUGAAUACAAUGACUUCAUGUCCACUCCGCUUUUUAACGAACAGUUUGACCCAUACGGUCCCGAAGGCACACUCUAUCUAGAUAUUGAUUAUUUUUCAACGUUUAUGGAAAAAAAUGAUAGCAGAUUGUUGUCGAAACCGAUAAUAGUACGUGGAAUUCCGUGGAGGAUUUUAGCAUUAUGCAGGCCUCAUACCCGCAAUGCCCCGAAUCACCAGCGACAACGCGGUCAUUCUCUUGGUUUUUUUCUCCAAUGCAACAACGAAGACGCGUUUCCAAAGCGCGGAAUCUGGAGAUGUCAUGGAACGGCGACUCUCGAAGUCAUCAACCAAAGCGGUGGCGAAAAUAUCAGCAAAAAAAUCCACCAUGCAUUUCACAACAAUGAAGUCGAUUGGGGAUUUACGAAUUUUGAGGCAUAUGAUACGCUCAUGGCUCAAGAUGGUUUCGUUGUUAAUGACACUGUUCGUCUGAAAUGUCAUUUUUCAGCUGACGUGCCGUCGGGAAACGGUUAUCAUUGGGAUAGCAAAAAACACACGGGAUUCAUUGGACUACGCAAUCAGGGUGCCACGUGUUAUAUGAAUUCGAUUCUUCAAGCUUUUUAUUUCACCACCGCUUUCCGGAAAGCAGUUUAUCUCAUGGAUACCGGAACUGAACCAACAGAAUCGAAUAUCUGUCUGGCGAUGCAGCGUGUAUUCUACGAACUGCAGAUGUCUUCGGAGCCAGUUGAGACAAAUAGCUUGACUCGAGCAUUCGGUUGGGAUAAACUCGAUGCAUUCAAUCAGCACGAUGUUCAAGAGUUUUGUCGUGUUCUUUUAGAUAAUUUGGAGACAAAGAUGAAAGGAACUCCGCAAGAGCAGGCGAUUCCAGAAUUGUUCCGUGGAAACAUGAAAUCUUUCAUAAAAUGCACAGAAGUCGAAUACGAGAGCUCGAGAACGGAGUCAUUUUACGAUGUGCAACUCAAUGUGCUCGGAAUGGAGAGCUUGGAGCGCGCGUUCGAGGCUUACACCGCGACAGAGGUGCUCGACGGUGACAAUAAGUAUGAUGCCGGCGAUCACGGUCUGCAGCGUGCGGAGAAAGGUGUCAAGUUCGUCCAGCUCCCACCUGUUCUUCAUGUUCAGCUCAUGCGAUUUCAAUACUGUGGAGUUGAGCAGAAAGUCAAUGAAAGAUUCACGUUCCCUGAAGAAAUGAGUCUCGAAAUGUGCUGCGAAUUAUCUGAUGAGCUUAAGAAAGAAGAUUGCGUGUAUAGUUUACACGCGGUUUUGGUGCACAGCGGAGAGUUUCAUGGCGGACAUUACGUCACGUUUAUCAACACGAAUUUGCAUGAGAAAAAUCCCAAUUCUAACGAGCCUCAUGUGGCAAAUUGGUGCAAAUUCGAUGAUGAUGUAGUUUCUAAAACAACGGUCGACGAUGCGAUAUCGUCAAAUUUUGGCGGAGAAAGAUCGAUGAAUACGUCAGCUUAUAUGUUGAUUUAUGUUAGAAACACAGCGAUUCCAACUGUUCUUGCCCCAAUUCCAAAUGAUGAAAUUCCGAGUCGCGUUUCGAUGAUUUUUGAGCAAGAACGAAUUCAACGAAAUCAAAUGAGAAAAAAGAAGGAAGAAGAAUCGAUGUGCAUGGAAUUGCCUGUUAUUACACCUGAUGUCAUUACUGGGCACCAUGGUUUCGAUUUAAUCGAUUUACAUACUCUUCAUACUGCUGCUCACGAGAGUAUUAUGAAAAAUAUGUCAAUUUAUCACUUAUACCGACUAAUUGAAAGACGCUUCUUUUCAUCAAUUGACAAUUCACACGACAGCGCAAUGGAUAUCGAAGAUGGUGAAGAUUUGGGAGAUUUGGAUGACGAGGAAUUCAUUAGUCGCGAAUCGUUCCGUUUUCGCUUGUGGAAAAUUAGCGAGACUUAUCAAAACGAGAAAGAUUUGCGCACACCAACACGAUUCCGACCGGAUACUUAUCUUGAACCAUCUCUUAAAGACACAGUUGAGAGGAUGUUUGCCGGAGAAACUGAUGCGAUAUAUGUGGAAUUGCCACUUGGUCCUGAAGAAUGCUUACAGCAUUACAACUAUGACAACGAAGUUAUUGUGUUUGUCAAGUAUUAUGAUCCAAAUAGUAGACGACUAACUGUUCUCGGAAGCACGAUUGUGACGCAUCGUCGCCCAAUUGCCCAAUAUAGCACUCAAUUCUGUAAAAUGGCUGGAUUGCCUGUUGGAACGCAGUUCCGAUAUUACGAGGAAGUUUCUUCGAUGGUUAUCAAUGAAUUGGAGGAUCCUGACCGGUUGGCAUUUGCACAAAGUUUUACCGAAGAAGAUGGCGCAAUAGUAAUUAUUGAACAGAUUGAUCUGUCGAGUCCCGAAAACAACGUUAUGUCGAAGGUCGAUGAUAUGUAUAAUACAAUUCUUGUUGAAUUCCAUGAGAUUGUCUUCAAUCCGAGGCCGGACACCGUACUUCAUAGGCCGCUUUUGAAGAAGGUCCGCCUAGACGAGAGACUUUCAUCUGUGACGGAGAGGAUUGCCAAAAAUCUGAAUGUUGACCAAAAGAACAUUCUAAUACUGCUCAAAGGUCAUACAGCUCGUGCAGAGCCUUGUGUCGACGAUUAUAGGAAUGUGUAUGGACGCGCGCUUAUUGGGAAAAGUAUCCAUGAUCCGCGACAGAAUCAGAAGUAUCGCACAAGUUAUGCAGUGAUGCCAUUCCCUAUAACUGAGAUGUCAAAGCGUGUGCAAAUGAAGAUUUUGACGAUGAACGAGAAAAUGGAGACUGGAGAAAUGACGAUUUUCCCAUUGAAGGACGGAACUGUUGCCGAUAUGAUCGAAGAGGCGAAGAGAUAUUUCAAUUUCUCGGAAAAUGGAACUGGAAAAUUGAGAAUGGUACAAGUUGGCGUAAAUCCUCAUUACUGUCGGGUGCACCAAAUCUGCCCAGAAUCGCAGACAAUUAGCGAAAUCGAGCAAAAAUACAUUCACAAGACAAGAGUUGAAGAGAUCCCGGCCGAUGAGCUCGAAGUUGGUCAUGGCGAAUUCUUCCUGCCGGUUGUUCAUUUUGAUCGUGAACCAACUCGUUUGUUUGGCACAUCUUUCGUCAUUAAGGUAAAAAAUGGAGAACUUAUGAAGAGUGUUCGUGAUCGUGUAAGAAGAAAACUAUCAGAUGUGUCUGACGCGGAGUUCGCAAAGUUCAAGUUCGCGUUACUGGCCAAAGAAAAGCUAUGCCGGUAUAUUGAGUUUGGUGAGAAUGACAAAGUGAAUCUUCAAGAUAUGUCAAUUCAAACAACAGGAAAUAUGCCACAAGUCUACAUUGGAAUCGAUCACAAAUCACCAGUGUCGCAUUCGAACGAGAACGCAAUUAGAAUUCUCAACUAA